AUGGUCAGCUAUGAUAUAAGUCAAGAUUGUUAUAAGGAUAUUUGAAAUCUUGAGCUAAAUUUCUACUCAUCUAAAGCAAUAUUCUCAAUAGAUAAUAGAGUAAUCGUAAUUGAAGCAUCUGACUUUACCUUUCGAAGCGGUAUCAAUGACCUUACAGUAUGGGAAAAAGUUAAUACUAAUAAUCUUAUUGGGAGUCCUUUAUGCUCUCAUGUCAUAAGAUUUAAGAGCAACGUCUAUUUUAUAAAAGGAGAAAAUCAACUUGUAGAGUUCAAUCUCAAAACUAACUCUCUGAAAGAAAUCGAAGUUAGAAAGGAAUGCAUUAUUCAGUAG